AUUCGCUUUCUCAAUUUUCUCUACUAAGCACUAGUCUUGCAACUUCUUCCAUGGCAUUCCACGGAGCUUCUUCCUCUUCCUCUUCCGUUUCCAGCUGGGCUUAUGAUGCAUUCUUGAGUUUUAGAGGCGAAGAUACUCGGAAAACUUUUACUGCUCAUCUAUAUGCAGCUUUAUGUCGAAACGGAAUCAACACCUUCAUGGAUGAUAAGCUUAGAAGUGGAGAAGAAAUUUCACCGGUACUUGUCAAAACCAUUGAAGAGUCGGAGAUUUCAAUCAUUGUACUUUCUAAAAACUACGCAUCAUCUCGAUGGUGCUUGGAUGAGCUAAUAAAGAUCCUUGAGUGUAGAAAAACAAGAGGGCAACACGUUCUACCAUUGUUCUACCAUGUUGAUUCGUCUGAAGUACGAAAUCAAACCAAUAGUGUUGGAGAGGCAUUCGCCGUACUUGAAGAAAGGUUUAAGGAUGAUAAAAUGAAGGUACAUGAUUGGAAGACAGCCUUAACACAAGUGACGAAUUUAUCUGGGAGGCUUUUGGAGAACAAGUACUAUUUGAAUGAACCUGAAUUUAUUUAUGAAAUCGUUGAAUGGGUGAAUUCGAUAUUAGUAAACAAGACAUACUUUCAAGUUGCCCAGUAUCCAGUUGGAAUAGAGUCUCGUGUACAAGAUGUGAAGUCGCUUUUAGAUAUAGAAAAGAAUGACAUUACAUGCAUGGUAGGGAUCAUCGGAACUGGUGGAAUUGGUAAGACAACUAUUGCCAAAGCUAUCUACAACUCAAUUGCUUCUCAGUUUGAAGGUAGUUGUUUUCUUGAAAAUAUUAGAGAAACUUCUGGCCAAAAGGGUCUGGUCCAUUUGCAAAAUAAACUCCUUUCUAAGAUCCUAGGAGGUUCAAGUUUAAUGGUCGACAAUGUUGAUCAAGGCAUUACUUUGAUAAAGAAGAGGCUUCGCCUAAUAAGGGUACUUUUAGUUCUUGAUGAUGUGGAUCAGUCGGUCCAAUUAGAAAAGUUAGUUGGAAAAGGUCAUUGGUUUGGCUUAGGAAGUAGAAUCAUUCUAACAACAAGAGAUGAAAAUUUACUUGGUGCACAUGGAGUUUAUUUACCAUACCGGAUGAAUGUGUUGGAUUACAAUGAAGCUCUUCAACUCUUUAGUUGGAAUGCCUUCAAAAGUGAAAAACCUCACGACGAUUUUGUAGAACUCACAGAACAUGUAAUAGGUUAUGCCGGGGGCCUUCCACUGGCCUUAGUAGUGCUGGGUUCAGAUCUAUUUGGUAAAGGCUUGUAUGAAUGGAAAAGUGCAUUGGAUAGGUAUAAAACAAUUCCAAAUAAAAAAAUUCAAGAAAUACUUAGAAUAAGUUAUGAUGGGUUGGAGGACAUUGUAAAGGAUAUUUUCCUUGACAUUGCAUGUUUUUUCAAAGGAGAAAAAGUAGGUUAUGUUAGAAAAAUACUAGACAAGUGUGGUUUCUUCCCAGAUUACGGUAUAAAAGUGCUUGUGGAUAAGUCUCUCAUAUCUAUUGAUAAGGACUUCGAGACAUUAAUUAUGCAUGACUUGCUACAAGAAGUGGGUAGAGAAAUUGUUCGACAAGAAUCACCCAAAGAACCUGGCAAGCGUAGUAGGUUGUGGUUUCAUGAAGAUGUUCGUCAUGUCCUAGAAGGAAAUACGGGAUCAAAUAAAGUUGAGGGCAUAUUAAUAGAUUUGCCUAAACAAGACUUGAUACACUUGAGCUUCAAAGCUUUCAAGAAGAUGAAAAGGCUCAGACUAUUUAUAAGCCGUAAUGCACGCUUUUCUCAAGAGCCUAAUUUUCUUUCUGAUGAGUUAAGAUUGCUUGAUUGGCCUGAAUAUCCUGGAGAAUCUUUUCCAUCAAAUUUUUCUGGAAGAAACCUUGUUGAGUUAAGUAUGCCUCGUAGUCACCUGAAGGAGUUGGAGGGUGUCCAGAAUUUCCAAAACAUGACAUAUAUGGAUUUCACUGAUUGCAAGUUCCUAAGAAAAAUUCCUAAUGUUUCAAGGAUUCCAAAUUUAGAGAAAAUGACUCUUGAUGGUUGCAAAAAUUUAGUUGAAGUUCAUCAUUCUGUUGGAUUCCUUGAUAAGCUCGUUGUUUUGAGUCUUAGAAAAUGCUCUAAUCUUACAAGUUUUCCAAGAAGCCUCAAGAUGAGAUCUCUCAAAUUUCUUUUCCUUUCGGGUUGCUCAAGGCUUAAAACCUUCCCUGAAAUUGAGUGUCAAAUGGAAUGUUUAGACUCCGUUGACUUUCGGGAUACUGAUAUAGAGGAAUUGCCUUCAUCCAUUGGAAACCUUGUCGGGGUUAGUUACUUAUAUCUGAGCGGUUGCACAAACCUUACAAAUCUUUCGAAUAGCAUUUAUCAAUUGCAAGAUUUAAAGUAUCUUUUUCUCGAUGGUUGUUCAAAAGUUAAGUUUUUAAAAAAGGUGGAGGAUAACAGACAAUCAAUGCCUUCUGUUGUAUCCGUAGAGGAAUCUGCAAUUUCUUCAGAGGUAGAAUUACUCCAAUUUUUGCCUUGGACGAAUGCAAGCAAUUCUAAUGAUGGUUUUUCUUCGAUAGCAUUUCCGAAACUUCGACAGUUGUAUCUUGGUAGUUGUGCCCUAUCGGAGUCAAAUUUCUUUAGAACAGUUGAUUGUGCCUCUGCGUUAAAUGUUUUAGAUCUAUCAGGUAGUGAUAUUGUUACCCUUCCUCCAUGCAUAAGAAGAUUUGUUGGAUUGAAGUCCCUUACUUUGAAAAAUUGCAAGCAACUUCGAGAAAUUCUAGGACUUCCACCAAAUGUAGAAUAUGUGAAUGCUAGCGGGUGUGUGUCAUUGGCAAUAUUUUUAGAAGAAUUUAGAAGAUCUCAAUUGUUUAAUACAUGGGACCCACUAGAGCCUAUUGGGGUUGGAAUGGGAUUUCCUGGAAACAAUGUCCAAACAGAAUCAGAUUUCUUGAUUCAACAUGAUUGCCCUUCUAGUUUGGAAUAUCUAUAUCUAUCAAGUAGCUCUAUUGUUAGCCUUCCUGCCUGGUUCAACAGAUUUGUUGGAUUGAAGCGCCUUGCCUUGAAUGAUUGCAAGCAACUUCGAGAAAUUUCAGAACUUCCACCAACAAUUGGAUGGAUUGACUUGUCCAAUUGCCAUGAACUACGAGAAACUAUGGGGAAUGAUCUGCAAAUUCGUUUAUUGAGUGAGGGACAUCUCGAGGACCAUAAAUUUAGUUGUAUAUUUCCAGGAAAUAAGAUUCCAGACUGGUUCAACCAUCGUAAAGAGGUUUUAAAAAGUAAUUCAUGUCAAAUAGAUAUUAAUGAGCAUGCACCUUUGGAUGAGGAGAUCACAAAAAUUGCUUUCUCUGCUGUUAUUGGAACAAAAGCAUAUAUCACUGAUGUACAAGAUGAAAUAAUAGAGGGUGGACAAGAUGAAGAUGAAGGUACUUUUGAAAUUAUCUUUGAAGUCACCAAUGAUGGUAUACCAAUAUAUUCUUUUGUGGAAGAUAUCUCCGGUCAAAUUCAGUCAGAUCAUGUAUGGUUGCACUAUGAUGUUCCAGAAUCUUAUGAGCUAAAGGGGGAUAAUCUUCAAGUUACAUUUAAGCUAAGGUCAGCAUCAAUGUUCUUUAAAAGUUGCGGAUUCCAUCUGGUACAUUGGUAUGAAGAGAAAGCUGACAGUAGAUUUAACAGAUGGUAUUCAACUUCCUAAGGGACGC